CUGGAGUGGGCGGGGCUUCCGGAGCCCCUCCCCCCCUGCAGGAGAGUCACCUGGAGAGAAUCAUUCUGAGCUUCAGAGGACCAGCAGUUGUCUCAGGGAGUGACAGGCUUAGUUUAUUUUUAAUUCUUGGACUUUUUCUCAUUUUUGGAGAUUUUUUUAGGAAUUUUUUUCUUCUUUUUAUUUUUAAUUUGUUUAAAAUUUGAUGGAAACGUUUUUCUGUGGAGCUGCAUGAAGAUGGCGUGGAUGUUCAGGACUCUGCUGUUUGUGUGUCUGCACCUCUCUGCUGCUGCAGAGGCCGAAGGCAGCAGAAGCCAAACAUCUUCACCUCCUCCCUCCUCUUCCUCGGCGUCCCCGGGAACGAAGACCUCUGGUCCCUCUCAGGACUUCCUGGACCAGUUUACCCAGGUGAAGUCUCCAAACAGCGGGGACCGUAAACACAGAGACGCCGGCGCCAUGCUGCCCUUCGUCGGCCUAACCAGCA